AUGCUCGCAAUCACUGCUUUGGCCUCCUUGGCGGGCCUGGCCGCCUCGAUGCCGUUGGCAAAUACCGGCCUUAGCUUGGCAUCUAACAACGUCGCUGUGUAUUGGGGGCAGAAUUCCCACGGCCAGGGAACUGGCCCAUUAGCUCAACAGCGUCUAUCUUAUUACUGUGCAAACACUGAUAUUAAUAUCAUUCCCCUUGCAUUUUUAACAACCCUUGCGGAUUUAUCACUUAAUCUCGCAAAUGCCGGGGAUAACUGCACUGCGAUCUCGGGGUCCAACCUUUUCUACUGUUCUCAACUAGAGGCCGAUAUCGCUGAAUGCCAAUCCCAAUACGGAAAGACUAUUCUGCUUUCUCUGGGUGGCUUCACCUACACUGAGGGCGGGUUCCCCUCCCAAGAUGCAGCAGUCACGGCAGCCAAUAAUGUGUGGGCUAGCUUUGGACCCAAAGCGGCCGGCUCUAGCUCCCCGCGCCCCUUUGGAAAUGCUGCAGUAGAUGGAUUUGAUCUCGACUUUGAGACAGUUGUAUCCAAUAUGCCACCCUUUGCAAACCAACUUCGCAGUCUGAUGGACCAGGACUCUAGUUCAACCGGGAAAAAAUGGCUUUUGACUGCCGCGCCACAAUGCCCAUACCCUGAUGCGGCAGACGACCCUAUGCUUAAUGGAACAGUAUUUUUCGAUGCUAUCUGGAUCCAAUUUUACAACAACUACUGCGGUCUCCAGUCCUUUGUCGUCGGCGCUGAGACUCAGAAUAACUUCAAUUUCAACACCUGGGACAACUGGGCAAAAACGGUGUCCAAAAAUCCCAAUGUCAAGGUGUUUGUAGGCGCUCCUGGAUCACCUACUGCUGCUGGCGGUGGAUAUGUGGAUGGAAGCACCCUUUCAGCUAUUAUAUCGUACUGCAAAACAUUUUCUAGCUUUGGAGGAGUCAUGAUUUGGGACAUGAGCCAGAUCUACGCGAAUGAUGGCUUCUUGGCCAAUGUACGCAGCAACCUGUAG